UACUUCCGUGUUCUGACAACCUUGGUGUUUGUGGCCGUUCCGUGAGGAGAGUGGGAGAGAGUGUGGAAUCUGUUGUAACUUCAUUGGUUGAGUCACAGUUAUUCAGUUGGACGCCCUGACUCAUAAGAGUCUAUGGAGAAAACAAGUGCAAUGUGCAUGCAGGGCUUCCAUAGCGUCGCCAUAAAGAAUAAACUCAGUGACUGAGCAGGCAAAGUCAUCCAAAAUAUCACAUGACUGACAACAAUCGCAGCCUCCAGCUGGAAGGAAGGUGCCACUUGUCAUGGUGAGAUUGCUGAGACCUUGUUGCAGAUUACUGCUGCCCAAUCUGUCCUGCAGAUCCCAUCAUAAUGACUCGGCCAAAGGAAAACGCCUCCUGCUUUCUCGGCUAUACCAGCCUAGGAAUAUUUGGGAAGAACAAUCCUCUCACCUGGAAUCCAAAUCCAACGAGCGUACCAGUAAAAGCCAUAAACUGAUGAUCAGGGCAGGUCUAAUUCAGUCUUCCAGCCCUGGAUGUUUUCACUUUCUUCCUUACACUGUGCGCUCAAUUGAGAAGCUUAUUCGACUCAUUGAUAAAGAGAUGCAUGGUAUUGGGGGCCAGAAGGUUGACUUGACCAGCUUGCACCCAGCAGAUCUCUGGAGACAGAGCGGACGCUGGGAUCUUAUGGGUAAAGAACUCUUCCGUCUGGUGGACAGACACAACCAAGACUACUGUCUGGGGCCCACUCAUGAAGAGGUGGUUACUCACCUCGUCUCCUCGGGGGGAAGCAUCUAUCACAAGCAACUUCCAUUAUUACUCUAUCAGAUAACACGCAAAUUCAGAGAUGAACCGAGGCCUUGCUUUGGUUUGAUUCGUAGCAGAGAAUUCUAUAUGAAGGACAUGUAUACAUUUGAUGCAACGGAGGAAGCAGCAUUUCAAACGUAUAAUGAAGUGUGCCAAGCUUACUCCAACAUUUUCAGUGCCCUCGGUCUGAAUUUUGUAAAAGUCCAAGCGGAUACAGGGAAUAUCGGGGGCAAGAUCUCACAUGAGUUUCAGCUGCCUGCUACUAUCGGUGAGGACAGGUUGCUAGUAUGUCAGGGUUGUGGAUUCUCUGCCAAUGUAGAGACCUUACAACCAGGAGAACGGGACUGUCCUUCAUGCAAAGAAAAACUAACAGAGACAAAAGGCAUAGAGAUCGGACACACUUUCUACCUGGGUACUAAGUACUCGCAUAUUUUUAAUGCUACCUGCUAUGAUUCCCAGGCAAAACCUUUUGUAGCAGAAAUGGGAUGUUACGGGAUUGGGGUUUCAAGACUUUUAGCUGCUUCUCUAGAGGUGCUUUCUACUGAGGAUGAUAUUCACUGGCCUGGUCUUAUUGCCCCCUACCAGGUAUGUCUAAUUCCUCCCAAAAAGGGCAGUAAGGAAUCAGAAGCCGCAUUAGUCGCAGAAUCUCUUUACGAUGAAAUCAUACAUUCAGUUUGUGGUCUCAGAGGCGAGAUAGUUUUGGAUGACCGCAAUAAUUUGACUAUUGGAAAAAGGGUGAAAGAAGCCCAAAUGAUGGGCUAUCCGUUUGUUGUUGUGGUGGGAAGGAAGGCUUUAGAAAACCCACCAGUCUUUGAAGUCAGGAGUCAUAACGCAGGUGAGGUGCAGUUCCUAUCUAGAGAAGGACUAAUAGAUUUUUUGAAGACGGUACAAGUCAUAUAGAAUGUCAGUCACACUGGCUUUUUAGUUAUCAACUUGGAAAUAACUCAUUUUUGGUCGAUUUGCAAUGGCCUGAUUUAGUGUAUGAAGCCUAAUCAACCAUACGUGCGAUUCAUAGUCCUGUAUUUUUUAAUAAAAAAGACUCUUCAAACAUAAA